AUGAGUGGAAGGAGACUUUUUGUUGCAUGCAGUGCUUUGGAUGACUCUCCAUCACAAAUUGUUUCUGAGAAACUUGCUUCUAUUGAACCAUACAACAAUUUUUCAACAUCUUUAAGCAAACAUAAUUUUGAUAUUGUCGACAAAUAUUUAAUAUCAAUCAUCGUUAAAUCAAAAGCCGGAUCAAAACUAUGCAUUAACAGCGAUAUGAAACUCCAAAAGCGUGCAGAAUGCUCCAUUGAUGCUAAUGUAAAUUGUAUUACAGUAGGUGGUGGCUAUAUUGCUGCAGGCUUAACAGAUGGAAGAUUAUGCCUCUGGAGAGCAUCUGAUGGCGAGCUUGUUUUUGAUGAUGAUAUGCAUCUUGGCCCAAUUUCAUGUCUUUCAAUCAAUACAUCCCUAUGGGUUAUUUUUGCUGCAUCAGAUACAGGAAGAGCAGCUGGAUGGUGCAUUCCAGACCUCUUUAAGGAUGCUCAACCAGACCAAACAUGGUCAAUUCAUUCAUUAGGUAUUACAGAUAUGGCAGUUUCUACAAACGGUCGCGUUUUUACAGUAGGAAAGGACAAAUUACUUAAAUGCUUCGAUUUUUGCGCAGGAUGUGAAAUUCUUUCAGUUUCAUUCGAAAAUGAACUUACAUGCUUAUGCUUAGCCCACAAUGAAGGCAUCGUAUAUGUUGGUGAUGUUGCUGGAGGAAUUUAUCCGAUUUACUUAACAGCAGAAUCAGAAAUUGGCGAAAGAUUUGAUCCGGGCCAUUCAAUGGCCGUUACUGAUCUUGCUAUCAGUGAUGACGAUCGUGCUCUCUAUAGUAUUUCACUUGAUAGAUAUAUCCAUUGCUGGGAUACGUCUUCAGGCGUUUCAAUUAAGAAUCGCCAAAUUUCUGGAACUCCUUUCUCCUUGAAAUGGCUUCCAGACAUUCCUAAAGAGGAAACAGAUAAACAAAAGGGAAGACCUCCAAGAGAUCAGAGAGGAAAACCAAAAGGUUUCCCUGUUUUGAAGAAAUCAAAGCAAACAAAUCGCGAUGAACUUGUUUCAGCUCCUCCAUCAGAGAUUCCAAUGAUUUCUCCUGAUGAAGAAGCUCAAAUCGCGAUCACUGAUGUAUUUUUAAGCAAAUCGCUUAAUUCUGAUUCUGUUAAGGCAGAAUUAAAAUAA